UAUCGAUAGCAUGAAUCGAGGUAAACAAUUGAAAUAGCAGCAGCAAUAUAAAGCAACUAGCACGAAUGGCAACGUUUAAGCCAAAGUUUAUAAGGCCAGAAACAGACGAUGUCAUCGAUGAAGGAGGAGGUGGCUAUCAGGAGCCGCAAAAUUCAGCUUUCGUGUUCAAUGCCAAUCAUAAUCUGGGUCUAGUUGAGCAGCGCGAACGGUUGCCCAUCCGCAAGUAUCGCGACCAAAUCCUGUACUGCCUGGAAAACCACCAGGUUGUCAUCCUGGUCGGCGAGACGGGCAGCGGCAAGAGCACGCAGGUUCCGCAGUACCUCUACGAGUGGGGCUGGCACAGCAAGGGCAUGAUUGGUGUCACGGAGCCCCGCCGGGUGUCCGCCGUGACGCUGGCCAAUCGCGUGGCCCAGGAACGCGGCGAACUGGUGGGUGAUACUGUGGGCUAUGUGGUCCGUUUUCUGGAGCGUACCUCUCAGGACACUCACAUAAAGUACAUGACAGAGGGCAUUCUGUUGCGAGAGCUGCUUGCCGAUCCUCUGCUCACCCAGUAUGGAGUCAUCAUUGUCGACGAGGCGCACGAAAGAAAUAUGCUGACAGACAUGGUGCUGGGUCUUUUGAAGAAGAUCCUGCGCAAGCGCAGCAACUUAAAGUUGAUCAUCUCCUCGGCCACCAUCGAUGCGAGCUUCUUUAGCGAGUUCUUCAGCUGGCCACGGUCAGGCGCUGAGGCGGAGCAGCCAAUCAACGUGAAGCUGAGCAUCGAGGGACGCAUGCACGCCGUCAGUCACUUCUACCUGAACGAGCCCUGCGCGGACUACGUGCGCGAGACGGUGGAAACCGUGUGGAAACUGCAUCAGAAGGAGCCGCCCGGCGACAUACUGGCCUUUCUCACCGGUCAGGAAGAGGUGCUGGAGGCCAUGGACCUACUCCGUGAAUACAUAGCCAGCCAGGAGACGACCAAUCUCAAAGUGCUUCCCAUGUACGGCAGCAUGACGAGCAACGACCAACUGGCGGUCUUCUUCACCCCGCCCAAGGGCGUCCGCAAGGUGGUGCUGGCCACGAAUAUAGCGGAGACCUCGAUCACGAUCCCAGGCAUUGUGUAUGUCAUCGACUGUGGCUAUGUGAAGGUCAAGUGGUACAACCCCACCACGUGCAGCGACAGCCUCGUCGUCGUGCCCGUCAGCAAGGCCUCGGCUAUACAGCGGGCCGGUCGUGCGGGUCGCGUGCGUCCCGGCAAAGUCUAUCGGCUGUAUACGAAAGAGGACUACGAUGCGCUGGCCCCACGACAGCCGCCAGAGAUGCGUCGGAGCGAGAUGAGCGGAGCAGUGCUGCAGCUGAAGGCCUUGGGCAUUGGCAACGUCCUGCGCUUCGACUUUCCCUCGCCGCCGCCUGCCAAAAAUCUGUUGUCCGCUCUGGAGACGCUCUACGCCCUUGAUGCCAUUGAUGAGCAGGGUCAGCUUACGCGACCUGUAGGCUUCCUGCUGGCCGAGCUGCCCUUCAGUGCCAUGCUGUCCAAGAUGCUGUACAUAUCCGGUCAAAUGGGCUGCUCGGAAGAGAUCAUUACGAUCAUAGCCAUGCUCCAAGUGCAGUCCGUCUUCUCGCGUCCCGCCUCGGCGGCUGCCCAGCAGAGCGGGCGCAUCGCCCAUCGGCACUUCGAGGUGGCUGAGGGCGACCUGAUUACCCUGCUCAAUGUGCACAGCGCCUUUGUGGAGGAGGGCAUGACCAAGGAGUUCUGCGGCCAGUACUAUCUCAUCUAUCGGAAUCUAAAGCGCGCCUGCGAACUGCGUGAACAGCUGCUGAACUUGGCUAGGAACAAGUACGGCAUUGCCAUUUUCUCCUGCAAGGGCGACGUGGAAAUAGUCUGCAAGUGCAUCACGGCGGGCUUCUUCACCCAGGUCGCGUAUCUGCACCACUCGGGGGUCUACCGGCAGAUCAGCAGCGGCACCGAGCUAGCCAUUCAUCCGAAUUCCACGCUCUAUACGCUGCCCCAGGCCCAAUAUGUGGUCUACUGCGAGCUGCUGCAGACGACCAAGCUGUUCAUGAACCACGUCACGGUCAUCAAGAAGGAGUGGCUCACGGAGCUGGCGCCGCACUACUACCAGCAAACCACAGUGCGAGACUAAGGGAAGCCGAUUGCAGCCGGCAGCCACCCGUCCGCGACCCUGGAAGAGCAUCAUGGACUCCGGACCGCGGAUCACACGCGACAUCAGCUCCCAACACAUCUUGGCG